AUGAAUUUAAAAAAGGAAGAAAAAUUAGAUGAUCCGCUUAAGCAAGAAGAUCUGGUGCAACAACCACCGCAAGCCGUACCAUCUGAAAUGGCUGAAACCAACAACAAGCCGGAGGGCCAUUACGAGCAGCCGAAGAUUGAAACGCCCUUGAAUGACGAAAACCACAUUGACGGCAAGAAAAUCGUUGCACGUCACAUACAGGGCACCGUUAAGUGGUUCAACGUCAAGAACGGCUAUGGGUUCAUAAACCGCGCUGAUACAGGCGAUGACAUCUUCGUUCAUCAAACGGCUGUCACAAAGAACAAUCCAAACAAAUAUUUGAGAUCACUAGGCGAUGGCGAAAAAGUCGAAUUCGAUGUUGUAGAGGGACAAAAAGGGCCAGAAGCAGCAAAUGUCACCGGUCCAAAUGGGGGUAACGUGGAGGGCUCGAGAUAUGCAGCUGAUAAAAGCGAUAUGCGAGGAAGAGGACGAGCUUAUCGUCGGCGUUUCUAUUAUGGUGCUUACCGUCCGGGUAGAAGUGGAGCGAGACGUGCAAACUCUGAAGGUGAUGGUGAAAGUGGGGAUAAUGAUGAAGGUGGGAGACGUGGACGUGGAGGGUUCCGUGGUCGUGGACGUGGACGUGUUCGUGGUCGAGGACGCGGUCGCGGUGGACAGCGUCGCCGUGCAUCGGAAGGUGAUCACCAGGAGGCCACAACAGAGGAUCAGUUAAGUGGUGAAAAUGUUUCACGAAAAAUUGGCCGCGGACGUGGUCGUGGAGGCAGGGGUCGCCGAGGGGCCCGUAACGUUGAUGUCAUGAAUGGUGAAGCCGAAAACAAUAUUCACGUGACUUCUGACGAGAGCAAAGAAAAUGAACGUCCAAAUGCAGAUAUAAAACAGUCUGAAUAA